AUGGAAAAAACAUUCAGUAAAAUAGACCGUACUAAUCUCAGCCACUUCUGCACAGGACAUCACCCGGGAGUGAGAAGCUAUCAGAAGAGAGUUGGUAUUAAUGAUGGCACGAACCACCAUCAACGAAACAACAACAACGUCAACAACAACAAUAACAACAACAACGUCAACAACAACAACAACAAUAACAACGAUGUCAACAACAACAGCAACGAGCACGUGACCAGCAUAAGAAAAGAGGCCACCCCACCACAGACUCAUUCCAGCAACAUCUCGCCUUUCAAGUCAGAAAGUAACAUUUUUUAUAUUGCUCCUCGCUUUCUAUUUCUCCUUGCUCAUCUUAUAUCAUAG